AACAUUGUUGAUCAAAUUGAUUUUAGGACGACUUCUAAAGAUGAUGUAAAUAUCCCAAUAUCUUUAUUACAUUCAAUACAUCUUUUAGAUGUAAUCGUGCCCGAAUAUUGCUUUUCAGUGGGAUACCCAAAAAAUUUUAUCUCUUUCGAAUAUAAUGCUCAUAGAACAUAUAAAGCCAUCGUUUUUUUUUCAUUUUCACAAACUACGUGGGAACAAAUAUGUCGAAGAAAAUUACCACAGAGCUUGCCUUCAGUAGUAAAUAAUAUAGCCCUUGAAUAUUCUUCU